AUGGAUUUAUUCAAUGUUUAUUACUAUUAUGAUGGGAAUGUUUCACAUAAAUUAGUCGAUAGAGAUAGGUAUGGAUAUAUUGACUUGGUGCAUGACAUCUAUAGCACAGUCCUAGGUCAUAUACCAGAUGGUAGAGCUUUGACUUUCAAAUGCAAAGCUACAGUACCGGGUGGGAAUGAGGGUGUAGAAGUGUGGAAUGAUCAAUCAUUGAUGCAACUGUUUAACAUUUAUGAUAAUGACAAGAUCAUCAGACUGUAUGUCUUCAAUGUGCAAGAGAGUGAGACUGACCAAACAAGCCAAUCUUAUAAGAUUAAUGGAUUUGAACGUGAGGUGAUUGGUAGGACCACUAAUACAAGAAGGCAAAGAAAUAUAGUUGGUGAACCUACAUUGCUGAGACACCAAAUUACUACUGCUCCUAGUAGUAGUAGAAUGCCAAAGAAGACUGUCAAAAGGGGGGGGGGUGCUACAGGUCUUGGUAUUUCAAGUAGCACACCUUCCAGUCUUGCAGGAUCUAAUGAGUUUGAACCUGUGGAGUUGAAUGAAUCAGCUGAUGAUGAUAAUUGGCAACUUAGUGAGGAUGAGCUGGAUAGAGAAAGUGGUAGAAGCUCAGAUUCUUCAGAUGAUGGUGAAGAUGAAUCUGAAGAAGUAGUGGGUGAGGUGUUUACAGACAAAGUUGGUGAGCAUGGUACAGGGGCAGACUCAGAUUAUAUUCCUGAGGAAGAUAAAGAUGAAGAUGAGUCAGAUAGGGAUGGUAUUUCAGACUAUGAUUCUGAGGAGUACCAUUCACAAUUCUCCCAAAAAAGUGGUGUGAAUGAUAGGAAAAUAUUGGAGUUGGGUGUAGGGAUGACUUUUGAUUGUGUGCAACAAUAUAGAACUCACUUAAAGAAUUAUGCAAUUCAAGAGGGGUUUGAAAUUUAUAGGCAAAAAAAUGAGAGGACUAGAGUAACUGUGGUUUGUGCAGAUGAUGGUUGCCCUUGGAGGAUACAUGCUUCUCUUGCAAAUGAUGGCAAGACUUUCAUUGUCAGAGCAUAUGCAGACAAACAUACUUGUAGUGGAAGAAGGACAAAAUUGGCAGCAGCUAACUUAAGAUGGAUAGUAGUUAAACUUGGUCCUCACAUCAGGGUAGAUCCUGAUAUGCCCAUUAAAAGCAUGGCAACACUGAUGAAGGUACAAUAUGGACUACAACCAAGCAAGCAACAGUUGUAUAGGGCAAGAAUGAUUGCCAAAGAAGAGAUUGAAGGCAAUCAUGCUAAAUCAUUUGCACAGUUGCCAGCUUAUCUUAAUUUGAUUGAUGAGUAUAACCCUGGAGCAGUACUCAACAUUCAAAUGGAGGAUAGGCAGGAUAUGAAUCAGAAUCCUGUGUUUAAGAGGGUGUUUGUGUGUUUUAAAGCAUGUAUAAAAGGUCUUGUACAAGGGCGUAGGCCAUUUAUAGGAUUAGAUGGUUGCCACCUAAAGGGAAAGUAUGGAGGUGUGUUUUUAGCAGCAAUAUCAUUAGAUGGAAAUAAUGGUUUAUUUCCAAUUGCAUUUGGAAUAGUAGAGGCUGAGAGAAAAGAUAGUUGGAUGUGGUUCUUGGAUUGCUUAAGCAUUGCUCUACAAACAGAGACAAACUUUAUACCCCACUUGACCUUUAUGUCUGACAAGCAGAAGGGUCUAAUUGAUUCAAUUCAACAACAAUUCCCUCGAUGUAAUCAGAGACAUUGUUGUAGGCAUUUAUAUGCCAACUUUAGGGGUGUUUAUCCUGGAGCAAUGUUGAGGACUACCUUCUGGACUGCUACCAAAGCAUCAACUGUUGCUAAUUUUCAGAAAACUAUGGGGGAGAAGAAAGAUAUAAAUGUAGAAGCUCAUGAAUGGUUGAUGAGAAACCCACCUGCUAACUAG